CCGACCCGCCGCACCUGCUGCUCUACGAAAGCCGAGCACAGAUUCCAACUAUCGACUUCGCCUGCUCCGUGAAAAAAAAAAGAAAAAAAGAAAAAAGAGAGAAAAAGUCCCUCCGAAGCAUCUCAUUUAUUUGUGUUUGUUUAUUUACCUGUUCGCAUUUAACGGAGCUGGGAAAAAAAUCGUCUACCAAUUACCGGAAAAUAUUACGGGUACGUCAUCAAGUAUAGCAUGCGCAGCUUCUAUUUCACCUCUUGCCUGAUGCUUCUGUCGUCGUGCGCCCUCGCCUCGCCCUCCCCCACCCCCACCACUCUCACGGCGACCUCUCUCCGGGCGCUCCUGUCCGGGACGGCGAAGGGAUCGUCCGGACCCCUUGACCUCGUCCGGCAGCUGCUACACGAGCUACACGAGUGCCGGUCGGGCCGGACGCAGCCCAUGCGGAGAGUGAUGCUCGCCAACCGGACGGUCACGUGCAACGACGGUUCGCCGUCUGGAUAUUACAUUAGAGAAUCACGAGCUAGCAAAAGAUGGAUUAUUUAUCUGGAAGGUGGUUGGUACUGUUUCGACGAGAAGAGCUGUAAUCACCGGUGGGCGAGAUCGAGAAAUCUGAUGUCGUCUACGCUGUGGCCAGAAACAAGGAGUGUUAGUGGCAUUUUAUCUUCUGACCCAGAAGAGAACCCUUACUGGUGGGAUGCAAAUCAAGUAUUUUUGCCAUAUUGUUCAAGUGAUUCUUGGAGCGGAGCUUCGUAUUCAUCCAGAAAAGGAGAAUUUUCAUUCCUUGGAUCUCUAAUAGUGAUUGAAGUUAUCAAAGAUCUGCUGAACAAAGGACUUUUUUCUGCGGAUAUGCUUCUCCUUGCGGGUAGCAGUGCCGGUGGAACUGGAGUGUUAAUCAACCUCGACCGGGUUUCAGAUUUUUUGAGGAACCUCAAGUCAAGGAUCGAGGUGCGGGGUUUGGCCGACUCUGGAUGGUUCCUGGACAACGAGCCCUACCAACCUCUGGAUUGCAUGGACCCGCAGACAUGUGCUCCAGUUGAAGCUAUUAAACGAGGAGUAAAACUGUGGAAUGGGCAAGUACCGAAGAGAUGCCAAAUGCAAUACACAAUAAGUGAUGUUUGGAGGUGCUAUUUUGGAUACAGAAUUUACACAACGCUCCAAAGUCCUGUAUUCGUGUUUCAGUGGCUCUUCGAUGAAGCACAGAUGACUGCUGACAACGUUGGGGCCCCGGUGUCUAAGCCACAAUGGGACUACAUCCAUAAGAUGGGUAACGACCUGAGGACGUCCCUGGAGAACGUGACGGCUGUUUUCGCUCCAUCCUGCAUUUCACACAUGGUUUUAUCAAAAAAAGACUGGAGGCAUGUAAAAAUCAACAAAGUGUCACUGCCGCAAGCGCUCCGUUGUUGGGAACUUCAGUCCCACGAGCACAAUCAUCAUCAUCAUCAUCCUCAUCAUCAUCUGUACGAUCCACUUGCGUCGGACUCGUUACCGCACGAUGCAACGAGCCCGAGCAGCAUGAUCGGCGACAUGCCGACAGCUAGCUUACGUAUCGGUAGUCGGCGGAAGUCAGACAACAACUCAACCGAAAACGAGCCUGACUCCACGGAGCUCUUAUCCUUAGACAAAGAAGAGAGGAGGAAACUAAGGAGAAAAGAAAGAAAACGGAGAAGGCAGAAUAGAAACAAAAAGAGGAAAAAGAACAGCAGAAAAGAAUUGAGGAGCCGUGACAAACGUCGCUCUCUCUUUCCGGAAGAUCUACGGGUGCGGCAUCGGUGGACCCUUCACGAAGACCUCUGCUACCAUUGGCUGGUGGAUGACUGCACCUGGCCCCAGUGCAACCGAGCAUGCCCAAGACUGCAUGACCCUUUCACCGGUGAGGAGCUGGACUUCAUAGAACUGCUCAAGUCCUUUGGCCUCGACAUGAGCAGUGUGGCCAACGCUCUGGGCAUAGACCUGGUCACUCUCAACGACAUGGACCAUGACACGCUGCUGCAACUCCUGACUCAACAGACCAAUAAGUAGCUUCCAGUGUAAUGUUUCAGCACAACCUUCCACAAGUAACAACAUCCCUAUUUCCAGCCAACCAAAUUCCGAUGUUUCGUUACAGCUUGGCAUAAACUUCGUGAGCAUCAGGAGUGCGUGAAAUGCUACACUUCUUGAAGAUAUGCAGCCUGAUAUAUAGUCACGUUUAAAUUGUAACAUAAAAACUGCUCUGCAAGGAGACAUAGACUUACAAACUCUGGUAGUCACAAGUUAUUUGUGACUUAUUUUAAAAACUCUGAAGCGAAGCAGAGGUUUGUCUCUUCAAGCAGUUAAGUUAUUUCCGGUAAUACCUCAAUUUCAUCAAGAACUUUUGAUGUGGCUGCCUAAAGCUUAUUUAUUGACAUUAUAUUAUCACCAGAUAACUAUGGUUUAAAAACGUUUUACUCAUAGUUAUUGGAAAACAAAACCCAGUGUAU